CACAACCCAAUGCCAGGGACGACAUUACGUGAUGACGUUCAUCUCUACGUCAUACGUACGUACGCUCCCCUGCUAAGUGCUAGCUACUUUCUGUAGCUCCGCUCGCCGUCUGUUAUUGUCACCCGAGCGACGGACUCGAAAUACCAGUCAACUUCUUUUGGAAGACGAAAAUAAAAGAAGCGUUAACAUUCUCCGGAGCCUUCCGUGCGCGCGCGUCGUGGCCGCUGCCAUGGCUCUACGAGGCCCGGAGGAGCUCGGGGAGCAGGUCGAAGAGCCGGAGGAUCUGGACGACCAGGACGCCAGCAGCAUCUCCCCGGCCGAGGAGAUAACCCUCCCCCCCGGGACCGGCGGCGAGGACGAGCCGGAGGAGGCGCUCCUGCUGCCCUGGGACCGCUUCUCCACCUGGCUGCAUUGCAUCUGCGUGGUCGGCUUCGACCUGGAGCUGGGGCAGGCGGUGGAGGUCAUUUAUCCUCAUCAUUCCAAACUGUCCGAAAAAGAGAAAACGAGCAUCUGCUAUCUUUCCUUCCCCGACUCCAACUCGGGUUGCCUUGGCGACACGCAGUUCUGCUUCCGCUUUCGUCAAGGCUCAAACAGGAAGUCGUCACUCGGCUGCUUCCUGGAAACCACCGACCGGGACGCACCGCCGUGUCUGAAGAGGGAACAGGGCCAUUACUAUGGUUACGUGUACUUCCGUCAGGUGAGGGACAAAUCCCUGAAGAGAGGAUACUUCCAGAAGUCUCUGGUCCUCAUCAGUAAGCGGCCCUACGUGACCUUCUUCCACUCGCUGCUGAAGAUCAUGGCUCCAGAAUACUUCGAGAAGCAGGAACCCUGUCUGGAGGCCGCUUGUAAUGACAUAGACCGUUGGCCGGCACCCCACCCUGGACGGAUUCUCACGCUCCCCAUUAUGGGCGUGGUCAUCAAGAUCCGCAUCCCGACCUGCUACGACAAACCAGGAACCUCCCAGCUGGUCCAGUCGGCGCAGAGUGACAGUCAGGUGUCCAUCGUGCUCCCGACCAUCCACGAAGUGGACCUCUUCAGGUGUUUCUACCCCGUCUUCUUCCACAUCCAGAUGCUGUGGGAGCUGGUGUUGCUGGGGGAGGCGCUGGUCGUCAUGGCGCCCUCGCCAGCAGAGUCGUCGGAUACUGUGCUGGCGUUGGUCAGCUGUAUCUCCCCCCUGCGAUACUGCAGUGACUUCCGGCCGUACUUCACCAUCCACGACAGCGAGUUCAAGGAGUACACCACCAGGACUCAGGCUCCGCCGUCGGUCAUUCUGGGAGUGACCAAUCCGUUCUUUGCUAAAACGCUGCAGCACUGGCCGCACAUCAUCCGCAUCGGAGACAUGAAGCAAGCAGGAGAAAUGGCCAAGCAGAUGAAAGUCAAGAAACUGAAAAACCUCAAAACUCUGGACUCUAAACCCGGUGUGUACACGGCCUACAAGGCGUAUCUCAACAAAGACGAAGAAAUCCUCAAACAGCUUCAAAAGGGCGUCCAACAGAAGAGACCCUCAGCAGCCAGAAUGCAAUUCUUUCGACGCUACUUUCUAGAACUGACGCAGAGCUUCAUGAUUCCCGAGCGCUACGUGGCCAGUCUGAUGCCCCUGCAGAAGUCCAUCAGUCCCUGGAAGAGUCCUCCCCAGCUGCGACCGUUCCUCCAGCAGGACUUCAUGAAGACGCUGGAGAAGGCCGGACCUCAGCUCACGUCCAGGCUGAAGGGGGACUGGAUCGGACUGUACAGGCAUUUCCUCAAGUCCGCCAACUUUGACGGCUGGUUCCGCAACAGGAGGAGAGAGAUGACCCAGAAGCUGGAGGCUCUGCACCUGGAGGCGCUGUGUGAGGAGAAUGUGCAGAGCGAGUCCCGGCAGCACUCGGAGGUGGAGACGGUCGACCUGGUUCUGAAGCUGAAAGAUAAACUGGCCCAGGCGGAGAGGGAGCAGCUGCCGGUGCGUCCGGGGACUGUGGUCAAACUGAGGGCCCACAUCGAGGCCGUGAUCCUGGCCUUACCGGAGGACCUGCAGGGCAUCCUCCACAAGCCCUCCACUCCCUGACCUUUAACCUUCUAGUCCCACCCGGUCUGCUACUCUUACCCCAGUCUGAGCUUGUUCUAAAGUUCGGGGGGUAGUGGGUCUCCUCCCAGUUACUCAGGCUGGACCCCGGUUGGAGGACCUCCUCCGGCCUGACAUGGAAAGCACACAACGCAUUUCCUUUUCCCCAAAAUAUUCAUCCAUUUCCAACUGAAACAACGACUGCAGCAGCUCCGAGCGGACGCGUCACUCUUCGAUAGCGUUGAAACUCCUCUUACUCCCCAGGAGGAGGGUUUUUUUUAGUCCUGAAGAAAGGAGAGGAGCGCUUGGUUCGUCCCAGCUUUGCUCUUUCAACAUGCAGCUCCUGUAGAAGAGCUUCCUCUGGGCCUUUGUGUGGCAGAAGGAUUCGUCAUCACGGGAACCUCAGCUGACCUUUGACCUUCAAUAUUUUUUCCUUUUGACCUUUUUUACAUGUUUUUUGUUUCUUUGGCGAUGGACUGCUGCAAUUUGGUGGAACUGACUUGAGGGUUUUUUUGAUGGUUAUUUUUAAAAGAAGUGCACUUCAUCAUUAACUGGACCAUUGUGCCCUUGAAACACACACACACACACACACACACACACACACACACACACACGUCUUUAUGCAAACACACUGAGCCGAGCAGAGCCAAGCAGUGCUUUAUGAUAAAUGUAACUAAUGCAUAAAAACACACCGCAUCAAGCACCAGCGGCCCUGUAACAACUGUCAUGGUGUGACAGCUCCUCAGCUAAUCACAUCGCUGUACUCAUGAGACCUCCGUGCAGCCCAUCGUAACGGCGUGAGGGAAAGAUGUCCUCCAACGAAACAUUGAAAUAAGGAGAAAGUCCAAACUGUCCGAGCGGAGGAACCGAUUUCAGUGUCCUCGAAGCCGUUGAGCGACAUUGUCAGAAUCGUGUCCUUUUUAAAAACAAAAUUCUAAUUAAGCAAAACAGUCCAAAUAAUUUGAAAGUCAAUUAAUUAAGAAUGUAAAAAAACGAAUAAAACCAUGAAUAAUUAAAGCAAUAAGAAAUCGUUUAAUUCAUUUCAGUUGUUCAGGGUUUAAAUGACAAUAACUUAGUAGUUUGUGAUGACACAAAGCAGAAGUUAAUUGGUCUCCUCAGACGUAUGGAUUGUGUGUUUCUCUGUUUCAUGCAACACAUCUUGUAUAAAUGCGUAUUGUAAUAAUUGUAAAGCAACGCAACUGAAAUGUGCGUUGUUUGGAAAAACCUCUGACAUCUGGUUGUCGCAGGCAACCAAGUUUUAAAUUUGUAAAACAACUUAUUUUAACGAUUUUACAUUUUUUUUAAUGGGGAUCGGAUUUUUGUACAUGAAGGAGUGAAGUCAGACAUGAUGAUGUACAAUAAUGAUUUUGCUACUGUGACUUAUGUCUUACUAAAUACAGAGAUAUGAAUAACAACUCCAUAUAAAAUGAUUAUUUACCUCUUAGAAAUAUUGCAAUGUUGUUGAGACCAGUUGACGCUUUGAAUUUGCUGUUAGUUGAUAAAGGCAAUAACAAUGUAAUUAAGGAUCCUUACUCCCAAACUGUGGUAGCGGACAAUUUAACAAAAGCAUCAAGUAUGAUGAAAAGGUUCAGCUGAUGUCAUCUAAGGAACGUUGAAAGUAAAUUAAAAACCUGUGAAAUGAGA